AUGGAAGAUUUAGAGAUGGUAGAUGGUCCUGCAGAGAUGGGUGUUCCUGGAGUGGAUGAUAUUCAACCAAAACCUGUUAUAGGUAUGGAAUUUGACUCUGAAUCAGCUGCUUAUGACUUUUACAAUUUCUAUGGAGGAAGCAUGGGAUUUAAGGGCCAUAGAAAACAUGACAAACGAGAUUACCAAACGAAAAAUCCUAGAGCAGAGACGAGGACUAAUUGUGAUGCUUUGAUGGCUAUUAAAUUGAUCAGACAAAUUGGAAAGUACAGAGUUAUAGAUUUUGUGGAUAUCCACAAUCAUCCCUUGGUUCUAAGUGAUUUGGCCCAUAUGCUUCCAUCGCGACGAAAGAUAUCCGCUUCUCAGUCGUCCUAUGAGUUAAUUGGUAAAGAGGCCGGUGGAAGGGAAUGUCUUGGUUAUUUGAAGGUAGAUCAAAAGAAUUACCUACGAACAAGAAGGCAAAACAUGUUGGCAUUUGGAGAAGCGGGGAGUAUAUUAAAGUAUUUUCAAGAUCAAGCAUUGCAGAAUCCUUCUUUUUUUCAUGUUGUGCAGUUGGAUUGUGAGGAGCAGAUUACUAAUAUUUUUUGGGCAGAUCCGAAAAUGCUAAUAGACUACGCUCACUUUGGAGAUGUUGUUACGUUUGACACAACCUUCAAGCUUAACAGAGAGUACAGACCCUUUGUAGUGUUUAUCGGGUUUAAUAACCAUAGAGAGGUCAUUGUGUUUGGGGCUGCAUUGAUAAGCAAUGUCAAACAAGCAUCCACAAACAUUUUCACAGAUCAGGAUGCUGCAAUGGCUAAUGUUGUAUCAUUUGUGAUGCCUAAUGUAUACCACAGGCUAUGUACAUGGCAUAUGAUGCAAAAUGCAUUGAAACCAAUGAAUUCCAUCUUCCGGGGUCCUGGUGGAGUUAGAGAAGUAUUGGGAAAAUUUCUAUACGAGUAUGAAGAGGAUGAGGAGUUUGUUAUGGCUUGGAAUGCUAUGUUGCUUGAUGAGAAACAAUAUAAGGAAAGGGAAGCCGAGUAUGCUUUAUCACACAAGUUGCCUAAGAUAAAAGUGUCGGUCAAGACGUUGAUUGAAGUAGGAAAAGUCUACACAAAGACCAUAUUUGAAGAGUUUCAAGAGGAAUAUGUUGAUGCUCUUGAAUUAUGCAUUACAGGUCGUCUUGAUCAUUUUCAAGAACCUGAUUGUAUCUUGUACCUAAUUGCAGCUGAUAGACUACGUCAAGUGAAAAGAGAUGGAGAUGGUAAUUUGUCAUGUUCUUGUAGAUUGUUUGAAAUGAGAGGUGUCCUGUGUAGCCAUGCUAUUAAAGUCCUUAAAGAUGCAAUGAACUUUACGGAAAUCCCAAGUCAUUAUAUCCAAAAAAGCUGGACAAGAGUAGCUAGAGCUGAAGUAGUGCAAGAUUAUCGAGGACGUGAUAUUAAGCCGGAAAAAAAAUACCCGGUAUAA